AAUUGCUUUUAAAUCUCCAGCUGCAGACGAACUCCGCCUAUUCCUGUUCUCACUGAAGUGCAGCCAGCACCACAGAUCCUCAGCGUCAGAUCAGCCCCAUAUAAAAGACGUACUCUCCACUUUGGCUACAACAGAUGAAAAGAUCUUCCUGAGCCAGCACUGUCUGUAAUAAAGGAGAGAUUUCUUUCAACAAUAUCUAUUCCAGUGAACAAAAUGAGAAGACUCUCUCUGAUGCAGCGUUCUUGAAUGGAUAACAUCAACAGACUGCUGGAAGACCACCGUUCAGACAGUAUCAUCGACAACACAGCUCAUCCUGAUGGAUAACUCCACCAGCACUAAUGAGUCUGAGAAGCACCCUUAUCCUGUGCAGACCUCUGUGCCUCUAACCAUCCUGGUGGCUAUCCUCAUCCUGCUAACUGUAUUUGGCAAUGUCAUGGUAGUAAUUGCUGUGAACACAAGCCGAGCCCUGAGAGCACCUCAGAACUUGUUUUUAGUCUCUCUGGCGUGUGCAGACAUCCUGGUUGCCACCUUAGUGAUUCCAUUUUCUUUAGUAAAAGAACUAAUGGGUUACUGGUACUUUGGCAAAGAGUGGUGUGUGAUCCACUCGACUUUGGAUGUGUUCUUCUGCACUGCAUCCAUCUUUCACCUGUGCGCCAUCAGCCUGGACAGAUACUGGUCCAUCACUCAAGCAAUCGAGUACAAUUUGAAGAGGACGCCGCGCAGGAUUAAAUGCACAAUCGUCAUAGUUUGGGUACUGGCGGCAAUCAUUUCAUUCCCUCCACUGAUCACUGAUUUCAUCAAGCAUGAGAGUGACGAGAACAGCCAAAAUUGUGACAUAAAUAGGGAGCCGUGGUACAUCAUAUUCUCCUGCACUGCCUCUUUCUUUGCACCCUGCAUUAUUAUGAUUACGGUGUACGUCAGAAUCUACCACGUUGCCAUAAAAAGAACAAGAGAACCGCCAGGUGAAAGGCAAAGAGAAUAUGGCAACGCAGGCAACCAGGAGAGAACAGACACAGAAGGGGAGGUUGACGGUGGGAACGAAAUCAACGUACUGGACGUGGAGGAAGAACCAUCCUCAUCUGAUGGGAAUGACACCAUCCUAUGUUCCCUGGUGAAGAAGAGGGGUACGAGAGCAACCAAAGUGGCUCAGGUGAAGCCUGGAGAAACCUCUCCAACGCCAGAGGCACAAACCAGUGUGAGAGUGAGCAAGUGGAAAGCACGGCAGUACAGAGAGAGGCGCUUCACAUUUGUUCUGGCUGUGGUCAUGGGAGUGUUUGUCCUCUGCUGGUUCCCCUUUUUCUUUACGUACACACUCACGGCUCUGUGUACCUGCUCGGUCCCAGACAUAUUGUUCACCAUGUUUUUCUGGUUCGGUUACUGCAACAGUUCACUUAAUCCUAUUAUAUACACGAUAUUCAACAAGGACUUCAGCAGGUCUUUUAAAAAGAUCCUUUGUAAAAGGUGCAGAAGAGGUUUAUAAAUACUCAGCUCAUAUCAGUGUAAAUAUUACAUUACAUUUAAAGAUA